GUACGAGAUCCCGGUGCCCCUCCCCAACGCGCCGAGCCGGCCACCGUGAGGUUUUAGUAUUUCCUUUGAUGUCAAAUCAAGGGGCGAGUCCCACACUACCCCCUCCAUAUGAGGGGGUGUGCGUAAAUGCAUUUCCUCACGUAAAAACGAAAAAAAAAACGAUAUAGGGUGACGUUCGAAUAUACAAAUACUACAUCUGUCUUCAACUCAUUACAAGGAAAAAAUAUGUCCGUGGUUUGGACGGUCGAUAUGCGAACGUCACACGGUCUCAAAUUCUCAGCCCAAAAAACUGAACGUAUUAUGUUUUCCAAUAAAACCUACCAAGACACACCGACAUUAUUUAUGAGGAGUAGUGAAAUCAAAUUCGUCGAUAACAUAAGACUCCUUGAACUAAUCUUCGAUAGGCGACUAUCCUGGAUCACCCACAUAAAACACCUAAAAUAUUCUCGUCUGAAAAGGCUAAACAUUAUCAAGAUAAUAGCCAGUCACAAUUGGGGCUCCGAUAAAGAAAUCCUCCUAAAAACUUACUGAGGUCUAAUCAGGUCUAAGAUUGAUUACGACUGCACUAUAUACAAUUUAGCAAAAGCACAUAUCCUAAAAAUAAUUGAUCCCAUUCACAAUACAGCAUUACGAUUAGCCACGGGCUUAUUUCACACAUGCCCUAUAAGUGGAGUGCUAUUUGAAGCUGGCGAGAUGUCACUUGAACAGAGAAGACAAUUUUUAAGUAUAAAGUAUGCACUUAAAAUGUCUUCCACUCCUAGUAAUUCGACCUAUUUACUACUUAUUCAAUAACAGAUAGUAAUUAUAUGCAAAAGAAACCAAAACUACCAUCACCACUGUACGUUAGAAUAAAAAACCGUUUCCCUUCAAUUACAACACAACAAGCAAUCAUCAUCGAACGUAAACAAGAAAAUGUCCCCCCCUGGCAUAUCAUAACCCCAAAUGUAGAUACAACCCUCGCUGACUGCAACAAGAAACUAAUAUCAAAUCACGAACAUAAGACCAAAUUCCUUGAACUCAACAACAAAUACUCAUCCUGUAAGAAACUUUACACCGACGCAUAUAAAUCUAACCAGGGAGUGAGAUACGCCAUGAUUGCAGACAACAAUGUUAUUCAAAAACGUUUACCCAUACAAACAUCCAUUCUCACCGCUGAAGCCUAUGCAGUACAUGACGCUCUCAAAUACAUAUACACAUUCGACUCUCAAGACCACGUAAUCUACACCGGCUCCAUGAGCGUCAUCAAAACCUUAACAAACACCGCCAAGAGGAACAAAAACGAAAUAAUUAGAAACGUCUUAAUACCUUACACGGAACUUGCCUCUACCAAUAAGAAAAUAUUCAUCGUAUGGAUCCCCUCGCAUCAAGGAAUAUCUGGAAACAGACAGGCUGAUUUUAAGGCCAAAGAAGCAACCACCCUCCAGACUGAACACCAACAAACCCCUAUCCCAAUACAAGAAAUCAUCCAGCACGAAAAAAAGAAAAUCAACGAGGAACAGAACAACAUCUGGAAGUCAAAACCGUCAAAAAUCCAUAACAUAAUCACCAAUUUUUUCCAGAAUAUACCACGAAAUCUCAUGAGCAGGAAAGAAAAAAUCGUUCUUUCCCGUCUGAGAACCGGCCAUAGUAAAAUAACUCACGAACAUAUCAUAAAGAAAACAGACCCUCCCUUCUGCUGCGAAACCCCACUCACUGUACACCACCUUUUAUAUGACUGUCAAAAAUUUUCCACUCAGCGCCGCAAAUUCAGGAUAUACCCGAGUACUGCCCUCACCACCAAAGAACAUAUUAGAAAUACCAUUCAAUUCCUUAACGAAACCAAACUCUUCCACAAAAUAUAAGUUAGUCCAGAAUUCGUCGCUAAUGACCUCGAUGUCGAUGCGACGUAAAACCUUAAUUAAAAAAAAAAAAGAAUGGGACAAAAUAACUAUUGAAUAUUUGAAAAAAGAUCAUUAGCAAUAUGCCACAUCGUAUAAAAGAAGUGAUACAACAGAAUGGCUACCCAACAAGAUAUUAAAACACAUAUUAUUACAAAAAUUAGUCUCAAACUACAUAGUUUCUGAAACGUCCGAAUAUUAAAGUAACGCGAAAAUCAGACAAUGUUUUGUUUAAAUCGUGUUAUUUAACAACUACAGUAAGUUAUGUAAAUUAUUGUUUUUUGCUUGUUUUGUUAGAAACGAAGUUAUGAUGUGAUAAUGUAAAAAUCUCAUAGUAUCCGAAUAUUAAAGUUACUCACUGUAGUUAUCUGCAUUAGUUUCGAUAUAUUGCGGGACACCCAAUAUAUAUUAUAUAUAAACGAAAGAUGGAUUUAUACGGUCGGUGCCAUAGGACCUGCUGCUGUGGGGGAGAAGACAAUGCGGCAUAAAUCACGAACGGCAGCAGGACGCCAGCCGCCGUGCUGAUCGGUCGAUACACUCUGAUACACGCUCCACGAACUAAUUGCCUGUUGUGUCUAUUGGAGGGUAGAAAUCGCGGUCUGAUUGCUAUGAGAAUUGAGGAAGGAAGUCGUGUACCUCUAGUCUGACGAUGUACCGAGACUGGAUAAUCAUCUAGUAUGGAGAGUGAUUAAGAAUCACUGGAUUGCAUGGACCGUGGUAUGAAGAAGAGCGUCGCCCGGCUACAAAGUUCGACGGUGGAGGAAGAGUGAAGACUGAGAAACAGAUAGUUAAAAAGAAAGAAAAGGAAGGGAAGUUCAUGAUGCGCGAAGAAACUUAUGGCGCUGAAAGCAACCUUUGGCGCGGAACGUAUUGAACAUUGAACUGUAAUAACAACCAAAAUUAACACCUUUUGAAGAAAAAAACAACAGAUUGAAGAUCACUGAUCGUCAGUUACACCUCGUAUAAAGGCUCGGUUUAUACAUACCGUGUAUUUUCAUGUACCGUAUGUCUAUGCUCGAGUUAUU